UUCCGGGUUCGGCGCCAUGUUGAAAUAAAAUAAACCGUUGAACCAAGUUUCUUGUCACGUGUACUCUGAAAUGAGGUUAUUUAACACUUUUACCGAAUAAGUGGAAUAUAGGUAGCACGCGGUGACUGAUAAUUAAGGCAACCAUUGAUGUAUUCACAACGCUUAGUAAACAGGGAGUCCUCGAACGUGUUUAACUUGACGAAGACAAAUCCAGACUGUUGUCAUGACGAACAGUGGACAGCUGUUAGCUGAAUUACAGGAGUUGAAACAAGAAGAGAAAGCACUCCAUGACUUGGAAGGAAUGAUGAAGGAACAGUUGAAUAGGUUAAAGGUUGAAGAGCUGGCUCUAAAGAGUAUGAUUGUUAUGAAAUCUGACAGACCAGAAUCAACCAGUACUCUAGCCGUGGAUAAAGUUGUCACGGAAGUAGAGAAUGAAACUCCAUUAGAUCUUGGUUUUGUGCCACAACAUAAUGAUUUGGACAUGGAGGAAGAGGAGGAAGAAGAUGAUGAUGAUGAAGAUGAAGAAGGGGGAUAUGGAAAUCAGUUGAUAAAGAUGAUGGAACAAAUGCAUCAGAAUUGACCAUGUCAUGAGUUUGUUACAGCUUAGUUUAUGACCAAUUCUUUCUAUGGGGUGACUACUGCUGCAGUAAAAAUUCCAAAAUAUACCUGGCUGUCAACAUGAAAUAUUAUCUAAUAAAACUUUUGUUUUGAACA